AAAGCGCGCGGGAGGGCUCUGAUCUGCACACUGCACGCGCUCUCUCUCCUUAUUCUUCUGUUCUUUUCAUUUCUAUAAGCUGAAAACAAUGUUCAGCAGGAGCGCGCGCGCGACGAGGACCCACGAGGACCCCUACGUUAUUAUCCUCCCCUACAGGGCAUGACAAGAUAACUGCUGCACGUGGAGAUGUGAGGACGCUGCGCACGUAGAAAUGGCAUAAUUAGGCUACUUAAAUACCAAACAAUCGGCAGCCCAAACACACACACACUUAGACAUAUACACUCCAUGGCGUACCACCCUCCGGAUUUCUCCAUAGGGGCAGUUCUAGGUGCCCCGCACCCUCACGCGCACCCGGCGGUCUUCUCAGUGCUGGAGCAGCUCGAGAGCCCCGUCCAGCUCCCCGCCUCCCCGCCGCAGGACGAGCCCGUGGUGCAGCUCGAGGGCGCUGAGCUCUGGACGCGCUUCCACGAGAUCGGUACUGAAAUGGUCAUCACCAAAUCCGGCAGGCGGAUGUUCCCCGCGCUGAAGGUGCGCUGUGCGGGGUUUGAUAGGAAGGCUCGGUACGUGCUGCUCAUGGACGUGGUGGCGGCGGAUGACUGCAGGUAUAAGUUUCACGGCUCGCGCUGGAUGGUGGCGGGGAAAGCCGACCCCGAGAUGCCCAAGCGGAUGUACAUCCACCCGGACAGCCCGGCCACCGGAGAGCAGUGGAUGUCCAAAACCGUCAACUUUAACAAACUGAAACUCACCAACAACAUCUCUGACCAGCACGGAUUCACCAUCCUGAACUCCAUGCAUAAGUAUCAGCCCCGGCUGCACAUCGUCCGGGCUAACGACGUCCUGCAGCUCCCCUACAGCACCUUCAAAACCUACGUCUUCCCCGAGACCCAGUUCAUGGCCGUCACCGCCUACCAGAACGACAAGAUAACGCAGCUGAAAAUCGACAAUAACCCGUUUGCUAAAGGGUUCCGGGACACGGGGAACGGCAGGAGAGAGAAACGGAAGUCGGUGGUGCAGAUGAAGAUCACAGAAGAGCAGAAGAUAGAGAGCGGAUCUUCAGACGACUCAUCCUCUGACCCCUCGCCCUAUCUCCUGCAGGAGCCCACCGUUGCCACCUCCACCCAUAAAGGUGUGUGUGAGAGUGACAGUGACAAUGACGGAGGACACUCUGGGCCGAUCGCUCAGGCUGCAGAGAUCUCCACCACCAGCCUGGAGACCCCCGACGAGCCCACGGACCCCCCACCCCCACACUCUACACAUCAACCCCCUGAGCACCACCCUCAACAUCACAGAGACCACCCUCAACACCCCAGUAACCACCCCAGUGAUCUCCCUGACCCCCCCAGCAUCGGCAGUGAGGAGUGCGAGCAGACCCCGGGCCUCACACACGUCCCUGGUGGUCCGCUGGACCCCGAGUACCACAGACUGACCCUCCACCCAGACACACACACACACACUCACACACACCGCUGCUGCCCACCUCCGCCCGGCUCGGUGGCUCAGCAGCUGGUGGGCGGGCUCCUGCCCGGGCAGGGGCAUUAUCACCUGGUGAGGAGCGUUCCCCCGCUGCUGGCCGCCGGGCCCCUGGCCCCCCUGGCCCCGUGGCUGAGCGGCUGGGGGGAGGGGGAGGCCGGGGGCCGGGGGGCUCUGACCCAGGAGGUGCUGCGGCUCCAGCAGAUCGGACCUGCGGCUCAGGGUCUCAUCAUCUCUCACUACUACCCGUACAACUACAUGAAUGUGAUAGCAGCAGCUGUUCCAGCAGCAGUGCGGCCCUGGCCCCGCGGCGCCCCCUACCCGCUACCACCCCUCCGGCUUACUGGGAGCCCCGCGGGUCCAGGGGCCAGCAGGGGCCACCGGUCGACCACUCCCCGCUCCACCUGAACGGUGCUGAGUGCUGAACUGAAUUACACUCAGAAACACACGGCUGCUUUCAGGACUGCGACAGUACGCACACACAGCAGGGCGUGACGCAAACAUGCUGCUGUACAAAUUUCCUUUUACUAUUAUUUCUGCUUUAAAAUCACAGAAAAAAAAGUUCAGAUCCAUCUGCACUCAGCAAGUCCAGAUUAUAUAUGUUUUGUUUUUUUUAACAAUGAAAUGAAAUUCUGAAGUGAAUGACAUUAAAGACUAAGUUAAAAAAUAUAUGUUAACAAUAAACCCUUUGUUUUUAGUCACUAGGGAUGUCCUGAUCACAUUUUUUGCCCCCUGAUUUAGGAUUUAAACACAUUUAUCAUGUGGGAUUGAACUCUACACUGAAAAAAUUAUGAGUAAAGUUUCACAACUUUCUGCAUUUGCUUUUUCUAAGUAAAUUUAAUUUUAGAUCAAUUAAAUUUAGAUAAGUAACUUCAACUCGGUUUCAAGACUUAAAUGUUACACAGAGUAAAUAAGUGAACUGAACUUCAGUCAAUCCUUUCUUUUAGUAAACUUUACUUACUUUAUUUUUACUGAAUCAAUCCUUUCUUUUAGUAAACUUUACUUUAUUUCUGCAUACAGUAU